AUGUCCGACAAGGAUUUCCCCUUACAAAAGAAUAUGCCUAUCAGUAGUUUACCAAAUGAUCAUCAAAAUGUACAAUAUUUAGAAGAUGGUACAAUUGAAGUCACUGAUACAUUAUCAAAAGAAGAAUAUUACAAAAGUUUACGCCGUCGUUGUACUACAGGCAAUAGUCAAAAUACAAGACAAUAUGGGUUAUCUAGUCAAUUGAGCCUAGAAACUUCUCAAUGUGGUACAUUACGUUCUGGAUUUGGUAAACGUAAAGGUACAUUGCAUGAUUUUAAACCGUCUGGAAAAGAAGAACUAUGUUAUAUUCUCAUGUUAGAAGGAGUAGAAAAAACAUAUACCAUAGAUAAAAAUGCUCAUGGGAUUCAUUUAUUUGAAAAAGUUUGUAAACAAUUAGAUUUACAAGAAACUGAAUAUUUUGGCUUGACAUAUCGAACUAGUUUACGUGUAGAUAAUUGGCUGAAACUUGAUAAACGUAUAGCUAAACAAUUAGAAAAAAUACCAUGGAAACUAGAAUUUCGUGUUCGAUUCUAUCCACCAAAUAUUGAUAUAUUCAAAGAUGAUUUAACGCGUUAUUUUUUGUGUUUACAAUUAAGGCAAGAUAUUAUCUCUGGACAGAUUCCAUGUUCACAUCAUACUUAUGUUGUUCUUGGUGCAUAUGUUGUUCAAUCAGAUGCUGGAGAUUAUGAUCCAAAUACACAUAUAGGAACAGAAUAUAUUGCCAAUAUUCCAUUCGCACCACAACAAUUACAAACUACAAAAAUGCUUCAACAAAUUGUUGAAUUACAUAAACUUCAUAAAGGACAAAGUUUAGUUCAGGCUGAUCGAGGAUUUUUGGAAAAUGCCAGACGACUUUCACUUUAUGGAGUUGAGUUUCACAGGGCAAAAACGAUUGCGGGCGAAAGUAUAUGUUUAGGUGUAUAUCAUGGUGGAAUAUUACUUUAUCAUGGGAUGUUAAGGGUUAAUCGGUUUUUGUGGCCUCAAAUUGUAAAAAUAUUGUACAAAUCAAAAAAUUUCAUUAUUGUCGUUAGAUCAAUGCAUAGUGAAACUUUGAGUAAACGUGGAACUCUAAGAAGAACAUUAUCACCUGGUGGUUUGAAAGUAUCUGAUAAAAAGUUCAAUGGUUCUGAGUCCAUUCAUGAUGUAACACUGACUUUUCAGUGUACAGAUCCCCGUUUGGCCAAAAGAUUAUGGGAUUCUUGUACUUCGCAACAUGCAUUUUUCCGUUUACGUGAUACACCAGGACCCCAAAGAUCUAAUCUUACAACAGCUUUUAGUACGCGAAAAUAUCAUUUUACAAGUAAAUCAUUCGAUGCAUAUUCAAGAGAACCUAGUUCAGAAUGGAUUCCACGACAACAGCCUCCAAUUAAGCGAGUACAAACUCAAAGAAAGCCGAUUCAGUACAAAUCUCCUUCAGCUAGUCCAUCAAAACAACAACAUCAAGUAUCUGGUAGUGUUGCACCAGUUGCUUAUGGAGAAGAACCUGAUCAGUAUUAUUUGAUGCCUGGGACACCUUCUCCUUUACCAGCUAAUUCAGUAAAUGUUGAUGUUUUGCAAAAUUUACCACCAUCUUACCGUAAACCAGGUCCAAUUCGAGUACCUUUACCAGAAGAUCACUGGCAAAUGUCAGCAGCUGAUUGUACACAAGGAUUAGGAAGAAAUAUUGAUGGAACAGAUAUAGCAGCAAUGCCAGAAACAGAAUGGCAAGGUUGCCGUACAAAUUGGGGUUUAAAAGGUCCAGGAGCUUAUUACUACGAAGCAUGUAUGCUUGAAGAAGGUCAAGUACGUUUAGGUUGGUCAACAAAUGAUGCUAGCCUAAUUCUCGGGACAGAUUCCAAAGGCUUUGGUUAUGGAGCUGAUAAAACAGGUAUUGGAUCAGCUGAUAAUCCUCAUCCAGUUGGCAAAUUUAUCUACGCAAAUAAUUCAAUUGAUUACGGAAUGCCAAUCGUACCAGGAGAUGUAGUUGGAUGUUAUUUAGAAUUAAAUCCGAAUGCUGAUAAAGAUCAUCGACGAAUCGAUAUACACUAUAGUUACAAUGGCCAAUUAUUAGAAACUCCAAACUUUAAACUUGUUGAAACAUUAACUCCAGAUAUAGCACUCUUCCCUGCCGUAUCACUUAAAAAUGCCAGAGUUGAAGUAAACUUUGGUGACAAGCCAUUUAAUUUUCCACCUAAAACUACCCCUUCGACUAAUAAACAUUGGGUAGCAGUAUCAUACGCCCCCGAUUCUUCAAUUGUAUGUAAUCGGAAUGUUGGUUGGCGGGUGAACCCAAAUGAUGUAACAUCAAGUACAAAUUUAUUAGUUUCACCUAAUGGUCGAUUUGUACAAGCUGUAGAAAAUACCGGAUGGCAAGGCUUUAGAGUGAACAAAGGAAUAUUUGGUGAUAGAGCUUAUUACUAUGAAGUGAGAAUUGUUGAAGACUCUGGAUUAGCACGUAUUGGUUGGUCAUUUGAAAAUGGAUCAUUAGAUCUUGGUAUAGAUUGUUUUGGUUUUGGAUAUGGAGCUGAUCGAGAUGGUUUUGGUAUAAAUGGAUCACAAGGGAAAAAACUUCAUAAUGAUAUCAUUGAAAAUUAUGGUGAAGCCUUCCGUAAAGAUGAUGUAAUUGGUUGUUUUCUUGAUCUGAGUAACGGAAUAAUACAAUGGUCAAAAAAUAAUCGCUUAUUUGGUCCUGCUUAUGAAAUUGACAAAAAAUUAUUAAAAAACAAUGAACCAAUCUAUCCUGCAGCUUCUUUGGUCGAUACUACUUUAGAAUUAAAUUAUGGUGACUUACCAUUUAAAUAUCCACCAGAAGACGAUUGGACUCCAUUAUUUGCAGCUUCAGACGAAUAUGUAUUCGAAUCACCAAAAUGGCCUAGUUCUAAUACGGUCAAACACGACAGUCACUCAAGAAAACAUUUAGUUACUCAUAAUACAAAGACAGAAGUAUAUACUGAAGAUCAGAAAGAAAUCAGUCUAAAUUCAAUCAGUGACACAUAUGGUCAUUCUACAAUAAUAAAUAAUAAUCUUGGCAGUGAUAACAACAAUGUAAAAAGUAGCAGCCCAAGUAAACUAGAAGAUAUUCCUGUAGAAUCAAUACGUAUAGAAUCCCCUUCAUCAAGUGAUCAACAAGAAGAUGAAGUAAGAAUGUUUCUGGAAACUUGUGAACCAAUUAUUGAAAGUCAUUUUGAUGCCUUAUAUAACACUUAUACAAAUCAUCCGUCUACGGAGCGAUCUGAAUCACAAAUGAAAACAAAACCCAAUGGAACAUAUCACCGUAAUCCUAUAUCAAAUUUUCACGCUGAUAUUAUUACUCCUACAUGCGUCGAUUCUGAAUUUCAUCAAAGUUCCACAACGUUGAUAGACUCUGAUCUUGCACUAGAACAAGCCAUUCUACAGACUACACAUUUAAAUCCACAUACGGCAGUCCUAACGAACACAUUGGAUUCAUAUACAAAUAAUAAUAAAAGUAAUCACAAAUAA